AUGUACAUCAAGGAUCAUUAUCCACGCAACGUGUAUCACACGUCAUUCCACUACCUUUUUCAUUUCUUCUGGACGACCCCAGAAAAGCGGGUUUUCGAUGAGCCGGUACUUGCACAAGUCCUUUCCAACAUGCCACUAGAGUUUCGUGGGUCCGAAACUCGCCAUGGCUCUCAACGAAUGUUUUCCGAGGAUGAGGUGACGGUCAUUGUGUCAAACCAGGCCAGUCUGAAGUACCAGGAUAUGCUCAAGGCCAAUUCUCAGUCUCUCAGUGACCUGGGUGCCUUUGGUCUGCCUUGGCUUGUAGUCAGCAACUCUGAAGGGCACAAAGAGCCUUUUUUUGGCAGUGACAGGUAA